AUAGUAUUAUAUGUUGUAAUGUUGACAUCGCAAAACCAAAAUAGAAGGUGCAGAUUCCCCUCCAAGGCAGAUUUUUCGAUGAAUAUUUGUGGUCUUGAGGAAAUGAUCAAGAAGACUUAAACUGAAAACGUGUUGUUCAUUGACCAGAGUAUCAUACGAUCAUGUCGGACUCUGAGAUAGAGAAGAUUGAGGUUGUCUCCAAUGAGGAAGUCCGCUACCAGCGAUCCGAGUUUGCAUCUGUGAUAUUUCACAAUGUCGCUGACACCUACCCAGCAGAUGCCCAUGUAGAAUGUUCGUACACACUUACCAUCGACAUCAUCCCCUCCACCCGGGACUGGGUGGGCAUCUACAAGGUGGGGUGGAUGUCGUCCCGGGACUACAUCUACUACGAGUGGGCUCCUCUACCCAAGAACUAUGAACAGGGGAAAGAGAUAGAGGCCACAAUACUUUUCCAAGCUCACACCUUGCCAAAGGAUGAUGGUGAGUUCUACCAGUUCUGCUAUGUGUCAAGUGCUGGUCAGAUCCGUGGUGCAAGCACACCAUUCCAGUUCAAGCGACCAAGUGCUGGUGACUUUGUGGAGGUGGAGGAUGAUGACACAGACAUGCUGAUCAUCAGGUCACGGACGAUGGUCCUGCAGGAGAACCUCAAGAAGAAGGAGGAAGAGAACAUCGACCUCAUGAAGUACAGAGACACCAUGUCCAAGGAGGUGACCAGUCUGGCCGACAAGAUCACCGAUCUGCAGAAGAAGCUGGACAAGUCCGAACAGGAGCAAAGAGACAUGCAGAAACUGUACAAGGCCAAUGAGAAGAAAAUAGAUGAAAUGUUGUCAGAUGCUAAUGACAUGACGAUGGUUCACGAUGAGCUUCGGUCCAAGAUGGAUGAAAAAGAGAAGGAACGUCAGAGUCUGGUGGAGAAGGUGUCACAGCUGCAGAGCAAUGUGGGGGUGCUCCAGGAGAAGAUGAAGGCCCUGCAGAAUGAGAAGGAUGAGUUGGAAGGCACGAACAAGACCUUGCAGGAGGAGAUGGACCUCUACAAGAACCAUCUGAGCCAGUCUGAGACAUCAGUGGGUAGCCAUGUGCAGGAGAUCGAGAGCCUGAACAGUCGCCUUGCAGAGAGUGGGAAGAUCACCAUGAAGCUGCAGAGGAAGAUAGAGGAGCAGGAUGAGGCUAUGGAUGCCUGUCGCGAGGAACUCACACAGGCGAAGAUGGAGCUCCACCAAGAACAGCGGCGUAUGGAGCAGCAAGUCCAUGUCACACACUCGGAGCAGGAGAAUGUUACUGCUCUGACUGAGAAGCUCCGCAAUGCUGAAGACAAGCUGGCCUCGGAGGAGAACACCAAGGAGUUAAUGAGGCAGGAGUUGAAGAACUUCCGGGAUGCUCAAGACAAGAUGUCACAGGAUCUAGCAUCGAGUAAGUCAGAAUGUCACAUGAUGAAGACACAGAUAUGCCGUAUGGAAGAAGACUUCGCCCAAGAGAACACAGUCCUCCUGUCUGAGAACUCAGCCAUUCAAAGAGACCUGGAGAACGUUCUCAAGGAGAAGGAGGUCCUUCAGGCCAAGAUGUGCUCCCUGCAGGAUGAACUCCUCAAGACUCAGGAGAACGUGGAGUGUACAGAAGGGCCGAUGUUUGCUCUGCAGCAGGCCAACAACGGACUGAAGCAGAGGCUCCUGCACCUGAAUGAAAGAUACAACAAACUCACAGACGAGAAGAAACAAGCUCGAGUUCGAGAGCGUGAGUUGAACCGAGAGAUAGUGGAUCUGAAGGAGAGGAUCCACAUGUGCUCGGAGGAGUACAAGCAGAUCUACAAGGAGAACAGGAAGCUGCAGAAGAAAACAGACAAGCUUCUAGGACACCGGAGAUGGAGAGACACAAAGAGCGAGAGUGAGAGUGUGACCUCCGAGAAACUACAAACAUCCUCCAGCAAGUCUACCCCAGAGCGCAGUAUGUCGUGUGAGACUGGGACAAGGACGUCAGUGAUGGGUGUGUCGGAGCUACAGGCAUUGCUGGCCACAGAGAGACAGAAGAAAGACCACUACAAGCAGCAGCACCGCGAGGAGAAGGAGCGCCUGGAGACCCUGCGGCGUCACUACCACGAGGAGCUGCAGGCCAAGGAUGUGGAGAUCACCAGACUGAAGCAGCUGGCCACCAGACGGGAUUCGGGAUCUGGAGACAUUGGGGUGCUGGAGCAGAGGGUUAUGUCACUCGAGAAAUACCUGGAAGACAAGCAGAAGAUGAUUGAUGAGCUGAACCAGAAACUCCGAGAUGUCAAACUGGAGUGUGAGACGCCGAAGCCAGCCAAGAGAAGCACCAUCCCCAGGAAGACAGAGCCCGAGGUUGUGUGCCCAGUGAAGAGUGAGGCCCGGUCCUCCUCACCCAAGCUCAUCUACGGCAACCCGUACAAGGAGGAGUCCAAGAAGCUGACCCUGCAGGAGCAAGCAGCAAUGUCCCCCCCUGCUGCCGUCUCCCAACCCCCACAGACCCUGCAGGAGCAAGCAGCAAUGUGCCCCCCUGCUGCCGUCUCCCACCCCCCACAGACCCUGCAGGAGCAAGCAGCAAUGUGCCCCCCUGCUGCCGUCUCCCACCCCCCACAGACCCAGCAGAUGAGUCGCUACGAAGAGCAGGAGGAGGUGUUUGUUGAUGCCUCGGCGUGUCUCAUUCCUCUGCCAAGACCCAUGGAACCCGAGGUGACUUCCGGGGCAAAAAUGGCCGCAGUCAAGGCAACCAUGCCACAGUCAGGUGGGUCGGAGGAGUUGGAAGGACACUGCUACGGGAUGCCAGCCAAGAGGACAGGGAUCACACCAUCAGCUCCCCCUUCCUUCCCCACACAGUCAGACAGUCGCAUGGAUGACAUCGUUGUCAAGCUGUCCGGUGCAAAGUGGCUGAUCAAUGCUAAUGGUGAGACCCGGAAAUGUCCGCAGUGUUCGGAGAUGUUCCCGGCAGAGCUGAGGGAGGAGGACUUCAUGGAACACGUCCUGGGUCACAUGGGACGCAUCUGCCCCGUCUGUAAGAAGCAGGUGGACGACACCAUGGACGGCAGUGCUUUUGAAUAUCACGUGCAUUGCUGCAUCGGCGAGGGCAACAACUGAACAGACAGGAUUUGUUGCCAUGGUGAUGUGUUACCAUGGUGAGCUGUAUUGCAGAAGAAUAACUUUACUUGAUGUUUUUUUUUUGUAACAUUACUUAUAGCCGAAAAUCACUUAAAGUUCACUAACAGAAUUUUGUUUUAUGCUGUGAAACACAUGUUAGUCUUGAUUGAAACAUGAAGUACUAAAAAUGUCAUGAGGUAUUCUGUUGAAAAUACCCAUUUAGAUUGCUCUUAUCAUGCACACACAUGUGAACAGCUUGAUUUAGGAUGUAGUAGAUUAUGGCUGUGUGCUGUCUUGCCAGCUGUGUUCUUCGUCAGGCGCUGGGAAACACAUACAAUUGUCAAAAGCGUUGGGCCAGAACUGCACUGACUCUGGUGUCACCGAUACAAGUCUCUGGCCACAGAAUCUUGAAGGCCCACAAGUCUAUCAACUCUGUAGUAUGGCUGUUAUAGCAAUGGUACACUAGCUUUGGAGGACAACCUGGUUUGUCAGUUGGGGGAUCAUUUCGUGUUAUAUCUGGUUUCUUAGUGCUUUGUGUCCGCUUCAUGCGCCGGAUGAAGGGGUGGGGGAUGGCCACACUUCCACAUGUUUUAUAUAUCUAGGUUUGGAUACAAAUUUUGUUGAGGAUUGGAGAAGGUAGUUCAUUAGGAACAGAAUUAAGGAUAUUGUUGUAGUUGGCCCAGCACUCAAAUGAAGUAAACAUCUGUGAUAAUUAGCGUUUGAAUACUGUCACCACACUGCACUACAGUUGUAUAUAUCACUGUUGUCUUGAGUUACAAUUCGUGUAUGGUCAUUAUGAAAAACAUAGCUCCAUUUGUAUUCUACAUUACAGCCCUGCAAAUCUUGAAUCUGAUAAUCUAAGCAAGACUUCCCACCCCUUGCUCACAUUCACUCUUAAGUUGAUGUCUAGUUAGUCAAGCAUUUAAUAAUUACCCUAGAGCCUACAUCUCAGAGUCAUGACAAUAUCUGGACCUAUAAGCUCAAGAUGGAGGCACUGGAAUCUUGUACAACUUUGGUGAUUAAUGUAACAGGUCCUUUAUUGAUGUUCAAGUUAACAUUUACCCUACUUUAAGGGUAGUAUCAUGUUUAACAUACUGUAAACUGGAAAGUUUUGCGAACAUGAAAGUACUACGAAAACUGAGAGUGACAGAAACUGGCAAUAGUUUCAUUACAGUUAGUUUGCAGACCGACAAGAAGCAAAGAAAGUCAGGAGGCAUAUUUUUGUAUUCACUUACACAUUGUUAAACCAGCCAGUACAUGAGUAAAGAAACAAUCCCUCACAUCCUGUUUCAGCCCGUUUUUUUGUGCUCUGCUUCCUACUCAUAAAAAAUUGGUGAUCUCAUCAACAGGGUGUCACAGUACUUUCCAGAAGCACUUAUGGCUAUUGUUGGCCACUCGCAAUAUUUUCAUGGCGCAAAGUGUUCCAGAUUUACGGUACUGAUAAAUUUACCUUACAAACAAAAUGUAUGUCUUUCAGAGAUGAUGGUAACUAGUGCCGAUGCACUCGCUGAUUUUAGUCACGUGGCUUGCUGGCUUCCUUUCACUUAACUGUUUUGAUUCAACCUUUUUUUGCCAGAUAUGGCAGAUAUAUUCUUUUGUUGUACAUGUUUCACAUUUGACCAAUAUUUGUUUUGAUAUGGGUUUUACCUUACUAUCAGUAUUUACUAUCAUAUUUACGUAGGGAGGCCCAACUUGGGGCUAGAUGAAUAUCUUGUAAUGUUUUUGACAGGGGAAGAUAUUUUUGAGACUUUCCUAAAUGGGGUUGAUCAGUCUCAAUACUGUACAUUAUGUUUGUCAGCUGGGCUAGGCACACUAACAUUGUCACACUGUCAUCGGAAGUCGUAUACUAUUGCAAUUUUGCCUUGCAAGGCAAGGGAGAUGGUUAUCCAGGAUUGAUCAUGUUAGUAAAUGCAAGUUUCAGGUAUCUGGCUUUGAGUGCUUGAAACGAGAGACAGGAUGUGUUGUCAGGUACCUGUACCGACACAGUGUACGGUGGUUGGAUGUGGUACAUGAGGAUGCAAGUUCCGUGAGUGGUACACUAGAUAUUACUUGUACAUGAUGUGCCAGGCUUUGUGUGAAGUUUGAGUCUUUCCUGUAAGACACUUUAAGUCAUCUUUCUGAGGCAAGGGAGUUAACUGACUGUAAAAGUCCAGUUUCCACCCUUGCCGAACUAGGCUGGAAUUGUAGCCUCGAUUGUAGCGCCACCAGUGGCUAUUACGAGUUGUCCCUUCUAUGUCCCUCCUAUGGACCAUUCAGAUUCCACCUCUCAUAUCACUUGCAUUUGCUUCAAGCAAAAUGGCAGCACCCAGUCAAGAUGUUCUGAUUGAUAAUCAAAAUCUAUAUUGUGAUAAAAUGGGUCACGAAGUGCAUCCAGUCACGCGAGCACUUUGAUUAAAAACAUGAAAAGAUUUGUAUAAUAUCUGUUGAUGCAGAGUUGGUGAUACACAUGCUUUGUAAAUCAUACAAUUGACUGAAAUCUGCUACGUGAUUUUGAUUGGACUAUGCAUAGACUCGCUAGUCCAGCCAAAAUAUAGCUCCAUAAUUCCAGCCUAGUUUGGAACUUUUAUAGUCAGUUAACUCUGUUGCUUCAGGAAGGUGACUUAGAGUACCUUUUAUUAUGAUAAUUAGUGUCUUUGUAUUAUCAUGAUAAUUAGUUACUUAUAUUGAGAUGAUAAUUAAUUUGUGGUCAUGAUCAUGAUAAAUAGCUUCUUAACAUUAUCAUAAUUCAUAGUUUCUUUGCCAUGUUUUGAUAGUUUCUGAAUAUGAUGAUAAAUAAUUAGUUAACAUUAUGAUAAUAAGUUUCUCGACAUAUGUGCUUAUUAUAUGAUACUGUUCCACAAUUGUGAACUUAUGUGAUUACAUGUUGAUUUUUAGUUUAUUCUUGUUCUGUUUAGCUUUGUUCAUCAGGUGUAUGCAGAGUGUAUAUUAUUUAUCUAUUUUGGUUUUGUCUAACUUGUGAAUGUGAUUUUGUUACUUAUUGCCACCUAGUGCUUAAUCUGACAUCAGACACCCCUUGAGUUGGUUGUAUGAGGCAUUCCACAAACAAUUAAAGAGACAACAGCUCGUGUUGUGACAAAGGUAUUUACCAUAUUCAACAUAUUAAAAACUCUACAAGAAUUACCCCAAAUUGCUUUGAAAACAAAUCCGCAUUAAUGUCUUUAAACGAUUUCCAUCAAGUCUCUAUAUAUGUUUCGGUACAUAUUAAUUAAGUAUUCAAUUCCUUAAAACCUAAUUAAAUCAAGAGGAAGAGGUAGUAUAAACACCCAUUUCAACUGUAUACACCCUGGUGCUUAAUACGUUGAAUACGGUAAGACUCACAUCAAACAGUACUCAGCAUUGUUUAUUUCAUGGAGAUGAUGACCCACAUGUGAUGUAAGCAAUAGGUGUGUUGUACCUGCGGACGUGUGUACCUGUUAUCAGUGUGAGCAGCGCUCUACAUACAUGUACCCCCGGAAUCCUUCUGUUGUUGACUGUAGGUGUCUCCUGCUCCUUGUGGUGUCUGAAUAGAUCAAAUAUAUAUGUUACUUCCAAUUCUCACCACUGUACAACAUUCUAAGUUUAUGGGAAUAAAGUAAUUCACUGUA